AUGGCUCAUCAUGGGCACUACCGACAUGCCCGGAUCAGCAGGCUUAUCAGAGCCCGACAUCGCCUGGAGGCUCGUGGGGGAGACACUGCAAACGAUUCCACUCUGCUGGGCGAUGUAGCUCCAGUACCCAAACCUACUCCCGACAAUCUGUCGAGCGAACCCUGCGAUGCGUCACAAAACAACACGUGUGUCAACGACACAUCGGAUGCCUCCGAUGUGUCACUGUCCAAGCGCGAGGAGCCCGAUCCGGCUCACAGCAUUGUCGUCCAAACAAUCGUGCAAGUCGUCGACACCGACUCCCACACCCUCUGGCAGUCCCCCGCCACGGAUCUACCUAUGACAAUAUCGGAUUCGGCAUUCGGCGCUCUCACAAUUUCUGGCAGCUUGGCUUUCCCUGCGGAGGUACCGUCAGCCACGCCAGUGUCGAACUUGCCUUCCUCCCACCCUAAAGUAUUGCCAUCCAAUCCGAAUCCGUCACAACCCGGCCCUCCGUUAUCAAAAGCUCUUUCAGCGGUCAAGUCCCCGGGAGUGACUUCUACUCCUCUCAAGUCCUCAAGUGCCACUUCUUCGGUGACAUCGACUUCUUCUGUGCCUAGCUCCUCGUCUAGUUCCAGUUCCGUGUCCAGGUUUUCUUCCAGUACAUCAUCUCCAUCUUCGAGUGGGUUCUGGGGCUCAGAACAAACCGGCACUGCGACUGGAAGCGGGAGUACGUCUACAAACGACUCAGGGAAUUCUUCCGGAUCAGACUCGUCCAACAACAGUGCCACCCCCAAAAUUGUAGGUGGUGUGGUAGGAAGUGUGGCCGGGAUUGCUAUGAUCAUUCUUCUUCUUUUAUUUCUUCUCCGUCGACGCGGGUUCUUCCAGCGCAAGGACCCGCAGACCCUUCCCUCUGAGGAUGCCGCGGCUGGCACGCGAGCAAUGACCGAACGACGCUCCAGUCGCGACCCGCUCUUCCGGGCAUCGUACUUUGGCCCCGCCUUCGCGAAGCGCUGGCGCCACUCAACGCAGACCACGCAGACCGAGAGCACCGUCGACUCCUCCAAUCCGAGCGAACGUGGCUUCCAAAAGAUCUCGGGCCGCAAACUGCCUCCAGUUCUCACCCACGGCGGCGAUGGCUACGGCGGCGGGCUCGACGGCGAUUCUCCCACCAUCCCUGAAUCGCUCGGUGGCUUGGCUGCUCCAUCCUCGCCAGGUGGAGGCCCGCGAUCCCCUCCCUCGUAUCCUGCGCCCCCGACUUCGCCCUAUGGCCGGCCCCUGGACUCCAACUAUACCCGGGAGAGCGCAGAGAACCCAGCGUCGCCUCCACGGCCUUCGCCCGUGCACCUUCCUAUUUCCAGCUCGGUGACCGUCGCCACCCCAGUCACCGUCACGCCGUCGCAUCCCGUGGCGGAGCCGCAGAGUGUGGUUCCUCUCGUGCCACGACGACCCGACGGGCUGGGCCGCAGCUUUCCCAGCAUGAAUGGCAGCCGCGGCAGCCGUUUUCGAGAAAGCCUGGAUCUGUGA